GCUCAUCUGAGCUGGUCUUCGCCCACCAACCGCCAUUUUGUAGCUUCAACUUUGUGCUUCUUUUUUGUGGUUCUCUUGCCCAGUUUUGUAUUUUACCAGUCCAUGUUCGAAUUCCUGAGUUUCGACAUUUAGUUCAAAUGAGAGUCUGCAUUACACUUAUCAAGUUCUAAUUUUUAAAACUGGGUUUACUUGCAAUCUGAUUUUUUACCACAAAAGGUGGGAACUUUAUUGCUUCAUCGUUGGAUUUGAGUAGUUGAAGUGGGGUUUUGUCAAGUGUUGGUUCAAACCCAUGAAGAAUUUUCAGUGGUUUAAACAAAUCUCCAACAAUGGAAAAAUCAAGAGGCGGCUCUCACUGGGAGAGUACAACAGAGCAGUUUCUUGGUCCAAAUAUUUGGUGUCAUCAGGAGCUGCGAUUAGGGGAGAAGGAGAGGAGGAGUGGAGUGCAGAUAUGUCCCAAUUGUUAAUAGGAAAUAAGUUUGCAUCUGGAAGGCAUAGUAGGAUCUAUAGAGGGAUAUACAAACAUAGAGAUGUUGCGAUUAAGCUUAUAAGCCAGCCUGAGGAGGAUGAAGACUUGGCUGCUAUGCUUGAUGGACAAUUCACUUCAGAGGUGGCCUUGUUGUUUCGGUUGCGGCAUCCCAAUAUCAUCACUUUUAUUGCAGCUUGUAAGAAACCUCCCGUGUUUUGUAUAAUCACCGAGUAUUUGGCUGGAGGCUCAUUGCGAAAAUACCUCCACCACCAAGAGCCAAAUUCCGUUCCACUCAACCUUGUUCUGAAGUUAGCUCUUGACAUUGCCCGUGGUAUGCAAUAUCUUCAUUCACAAGGGGUACUUCAUAGGGACCUAAAAUCAGAAAAUCUACUGCUUGAUGAAUAUAUGUGUGUGAAGGUGGCUGAUUUUGGUAUCUCAUGCUUGGAAUCUCAAUGUGGUAGUGCAAAGGGAUUCACAGGAACAUAUCGUUGGAUGGCUCCUGAAAUGAUCAAAGAGAAGCACCAUACCAAGAAAGUUGAUGUUUACAGUUUUGGCAUAGUGUUGUGGGAGCUUUUAACCGCAAUGAUCCCGUUCGACGACAUGACUCCAGAACAGGCUGCAUUUGCAGUCUCUCAUAAGAAUGCAAGACCACCAUUACCUCCAGCAUGUCCGAUGGCAUUUCGUCAUCUCAUUAACCGGUGUUGGUCAAGCAAUGUGGAUAGGCGACCACAUUUUGAUGAGAUAGUUUCCCUUUUGGAAUUUUAUGCUGAAUCCCUGGAGGAGGAUCCUGAUUUCUUUUCCAUCUACAAACCUUCCUCAGAUCUCACAAUCUCGCGAUGCUUACCAACGUGUAUUGCCGGCGGGUCUAGCUUCUUCAAAAGCCUAGAACAAUGAGUUUGUGUGUACCAUAUUGUUUUUCAUAUCUAGGCUUAUAUGUAUGUAAGAAAAAUGAAAGAGUAUAAUUACACUCUUUUCAUUUUCCUUGUCUUAGAUUAUUGGAUCAGAGCUGUUUCAUUCCAUAUCCGGCCGGACUUAGUACCUCUUAUGCUAAUCCUAUUGUAACUUGUAAGAACAGAUUACUCCUCAUCAAUCUCUGUGGGUAAUCUAUAUUCCUAAUUCACAUCAAUUUAUUAAAUAAACAUGCCAAUGUGACAGAA